AUGGCACCCAGCGUGGACAAUGAAGGAUAUAGUUCGAGAGGGCCUCUGGAUGCUUCAACCACUGUCGUGGUGGUUGGCGCUGGGCCGUCCGGGUUGAUGCUUGCAUGCAAUUUGGUGCGAUUCGGUAUUGAUGUUACAAUCCUCGACGAUCGUCCGGACAAGACCUCCACCGGCAAGGCGGAUGGCAUGCAACCCAAGACGAUUGAGACAUUCAAGCAGAUGCGACUCGCCGAUCCUUUAUUGAGAAAUGCCGCCCGUGUCUACGAUAUCUCUUUCUGGCAAUCAACGGCAGAUAAACCCCUCCACCGAGUCGGACGUCAAGAGCACUAUCCUGAGCGCCUCGUCGGUGCCUCCGAUCCUUAUAUCCUUCUUGCACACCAGGGGAUGGUUGAAGAGGUCUUGAUCGAUGAUAUGGAGGCUCGAGGUGCCUUCGUCAUGAGAAAUAGUCGGUUUACGUCUUGCUCGCGCAUGGCAGGCACAGGGCAAUUGGAUAUCGUAUAUGAGGACCUAGCGAGCAAGACCAUCAAGACUAUCCGGGCCGGCUACCUGGUUGGAUGUGACGGUGCUCGAUCAAAGGUUAGAGAGUGUAUCCCAGACGCACAGUUGGAGGGAGAGGUGACCAACGCAUCAUGGGGUGUGCUGGAUGGUGUCAUCGAUACCGACUUUCCCGACCUCUGGAGUAAAGUCGCCGUGCGUUCCGACCAGGCCGGUUCUAUUCUUUGGAUCCCUCGCGAACGCAACAUGACUCGAUUAUACGUUCAGCUAAGCGAGACUGACGGCGAACGGGUUGAUAGGUCCAAGGCUACACCGGAAUAUGUUAUGCGACGAGCCAGAGAUGCGAUGCACCCGUUCCGCAUUGAGUGGAAGACAAUUGAAUGGUUCGGAAAUUAUGUCGUGGGCCAACGAGUAGCGAAACGGUUCAUGGACUCCGAGGCGCGGAUAUUCAUUGCCGGUGAUGCUGGACACUGUCACUCUGCUCUGGCAGCCCAAGGAGCGAAUACAAGCAUGCAUGACAGUUUUAAUUUGGCAUGGAAGCUUAACCUUGUCAUUCGUGGUUUGGCCAAACCGUCCCUUCUAGCCACCUACGAACAGGAACGACGGAAGAUUGCUUACGAUCUUAUAAACUUCGAUGCCGAGCAUUGCAAAGCUUUCUCGCAAGGUGAGGCUGCCCUUGCGAAGAACUUUGAUGAAAAUAUUCGCUUCAUCUCUGGCGUGGGUGCAGAAUAUUCGCAUGGUCUGCUGAACCGAGGCAGGACUGCCAUAUCAACCCCCCUGCAGCCUGGCACCCUCCAGCUUCCAGCCAAGGUGACUCGAUACAUUGACGCCAACCCUGUCUCUAUCCAGCUUGAUAUUCCGAUGUUGAGCCAGUUCCGUAUAUACUUCUUUAUUCCUGAUGUUCCAAAGGCACUUGGGUUUCUCGGUACCAUAUGUAAGGGACUCGACAAUGCGACUGGGAUGGGAAAGGUACCCUCACGAGCAAGUCAGUCAUAUGCGACCCAACCCCAAGGAGCAGCCCCUUCAGACGCUUUCAUACAGCCACAGAGAUAUACCUCCGUGUCCAGUGUCUUUACAUAUGCGAUGGUGACUCAGUCUUCCAAGUCUGAGUUCGAAAUUGCAGAUCUACCCAAGGUACUGCAGGAUAGCCGCUGGACCUUGUAUCUUGAUGAUGUUGAUUCACCACGUUGUACGGAUAAAUGGUUUGGGUCAUUGCAGGGCGAGCAGGUUGGCAUAGUGAUUGUGCGACCCGAUGGAUACGUGGGGAGUAUUGAUACUUGGGAACUGACCGCGGGCACAGAGGCUGGGAAGUGGAUAGACGACUAUUUCGCUUUUAUGAUGUAA